AUGACCAUUGAAUCCUCGUUCGCCAUCGACAGCCAGUUCUUGGCCGACCAGAAGAAAGUCAUCCGGGAAAGAAUAAUUCCCUGGGAAGGCUUAUCGAGAGCCAACAUCAUUAGUGAAGAUGAAGCAAACUACAUUAAGAUCUUGGAAAAACAAUCGACGGAAAACAAAAACUCCACCAUCGCCAACCAGGUCAAGUUGUACGCCAGCACCUUGUUGAACUUGUUGAACAAGUUGGACAAUAACCCCAGAGACGAUGUGUUGAAAAGUCUUUUAUGUUUAGUCAACGACUUGUUAAUUGACUUACCGGAGUUUGGCGAUGAGUUGAUCAAGUUGACCGACGUCGAUGCUGCCUUGCCAUUUGAGCCAUUUGUCAAGUACUUGGGCCAUACCGACCUGGUCAUCAAGACGUUGUCGUUGUACAACUUGACGGUGUUAUUAGUGAAGGCUUCAGCCACCAAGGCCAUUGACGACGAAAUCGUCUCCAAGGCAUUCAGGGAGCACACGGUGUUGAUUCACGGUAAUGAUGUGAACUACAAGUUCAUCACCAUUCAGUUGUUGCAGUAUUUGCUCAUCAUAAAGCCGUUUAAGUUGGUGUAUUUGAAGACCGACUUCGCCAAGAACUUUAAGAGCUUGGCCUCCAUCAUUGACUACUCGGUUGCCAAUGAAAACCUCAUAAACUCGUCCAACUUGCAGCUUAUCUACAACACCUUGUUGAACAUCUGGAUAUUGUCGUUCAAUCCCAAGAUCAAUAAGUUGAUUUACCAGCAGAAUCCCCAACUAAUUGGUGAUUUGUUGACGUUAUCCAAAGACUCCAUCAAAAUAAAGAUCAUUCGGAUCUCUGUGUCCAUCUUAAAGAACUUUGUGUCGAUUGUCGACCUGUCAAGUGACAAAUUUAAGAUCAUUAAGGUGAUUUUGCACAACGAUGGGUUGAGCUUGAUCACCAACUUGAAGAGUAGAAAAAUCAGCUCCAACGGGUCCGACGAAGAAUUGACCGGCGACUUGAACUACUUGUUCGAUGAGUUGAACGAUAUCGUCAAGAACAAGUUGACAUCGUUUGACGAAUACUUGACAGAGUUGGAAACCCCCAAUUUACUCAGCUGGUCUUCUCCCACCCACAAGUCUUCCGAAUUUUGGUUGGAAAAUAGCAACCAGUUCAAGGAAAACAACUUCAAGUUAGUUAAGAAAAUCUUCGAGGUGUUAGGCACGAACCUGGAUAACACCAACUUGCAAAAGGUGAUUUUGUUGAGUGAUUUACAGUACUUGAUCGGUAACUUGGGCCAGGAUUUGGUCGACUUCAUCAAUGGCAACAAGGAUUACAAGUUGUUGAUCAUGAACUUGUUGGACACCAACAACGACAAUGAGUUAAAGUACCAGUCGCUUAAGACCAUCCAGUUAUUGGUGGGUCACACCUACUAA